AUUUUUUUAAUAGGAGAAGUUGGAAAAACAUUUCUUAAAAAUAAGAAAAAGAAGUCUUUGUUAUCAAAAUCUAGGAAGCUUCUUUUUCCCAACAAAAAAAGAAUGAAGACAUCGCAUCAAGGUCUAGAUGAACAUUAUGGAAUGGCGGAACCGUUACUUGAUGAUGCCGUAUCUUUAGAUGAAAUAGAUAAAAAAAAAAUGGAUUUUAUAGAGUUUCUUAGGUUAAAUAAAUUCGAACGGUUAUCCUUAGAAACAAAUACCAGGGACCAAGCAAAUACACAAAUUUGGCACACUGAAAGACGAAAUCGUUUGACAGCUUCCAAUUUUGGGCGUGUUUGCAAAAGAAGAUCGACUACAUCGUGUAAAUCGAUAGUAUAUGAUCUUCUUUACCGGACGUUAUCUUCGGCAGCGACAGAAUACGGCAACGCAAUGGAGACAAAAGCAAUUUUAUUUUUACAACAAAAAUUAAAGUUAGUUGUUAAUCCAUGUGGUCUCCUUGUUGAUGAACAUUUACCCUUUUUAGCAGCCUCUCCAGACGGAUUAGUAGAAAAUGAUUAUGUCGUGGAAGUGAAAUGUCUAUUUUCAGCAAAGGAUAUUGCUAAUUUUGUAGAAGCUAUAAAUACGAAAAAGAUAACAUUUUGCCGUGUUAUAAAUCUAGAACGGCUAGAAAUAAAACGGGAUCAUAGUUAUUAUUAUCAAAUUCAAGGACAGAUGCAUAUAAGUCGAAGAAACUGUUGUUAUUUUGUUGUUUAUACUGACCAAUGGGCUGAAGUCGAAAUAAUACCAUACGACGAAUCAUUUUGGCAAGAAAAAAUGGUAACUCAAUUAGAAUGGUUCUACAAAGAGUGUUUACUCCCAGAAAUUAUUAAUCCACAAUACGGGAAAAGGCUGCAAACAAACGAUAUAAAAGAUCCAAAACUCAUAAUGGAUUGUAUAAAAGAAAAAAAAGGGAGGUAACACAUAGUUAUAAAAAUAACA